CGGGAUCUCGGGUGUGGGCUGAGCGAGCGAGUGGCGGUUGGUGCGAGCCGUUGCCGUGGCGACGCGGCGGCGCUCACUCAGUCGCUCCCCGGCCUGCGGGCGACCCGGUGAUGCCUCGGUUAACGCGCUGUGGGCAGCCGCCGCCGCUCCCGGGCCCACACCGCCGCUCCCGCACCGCCAGGGUGCUGGCCGAGAGGAACCAGGCCGUGGUGCCGGUGGGAGCCUGGGUGGAGAGCGCCAGGGACGGACCCGACGACCAGCACCCGGCGUUUAUUACUGCUCUGGAGGUAGAUGAGCAACUAAAGGAAAUCCGUAGAGCAAAGUUGGAGAAUUUGAAACGUUUUCAAGAUGAAGUGAAGCAUCGUGUGACCGAGUAUGCUCGAAUUUGUAAGAAACAUCAACAGCAACGAACUUAUGAAGCAGUUGAAAGGGAUGAUUGUGUGAUAAAACAAUCCUCUGCAUCAGCUGAACAGCUCAUUCCAAAUAAAACCACAUGCCUACUUCGCAGUAAUGAUAAUGAUGUUGGGUUUGCUAUAUUAAGCCCAAGCUCAAGGUGGGUAUCUGCACAGGGGCUGAGUAAUGAAAAAGAGGAAGAUGAAGAUGUAUUCAAUGAUCAAGCAAGACAGCUGAGCAAAGUUACAAAAGAGGCUCGUCAUCGCCUUGCAUCAUGUCAAACGGUACCACAGAUGGACCUGUCCUCAAGUCUACCAGGAGGUGUCUGGAAGGUAUCUCCAACAAGAGAUAAUCAGGCAUCUCGAAGUGGGAGGGAAUUAAGUGUCACAGAACAUUUCACAUGUUUGAAAGACCAACAUGACCUGCCCGCAGAGUUGCAGGAACAGCCUCAGCAAUCAACAGAUGGGGAGCAUGUUACUUUCCAGCCCGAGCUACAGAAUAAGAAGGCCUGUAGCAGAGUUAAUCGUGAGCCUUAUCCCACGGGUUCCAACCUCGGAUUUAGUACUGACUACAAGGCAACGGGCAUCCUGCGGCCAGGUGUGCACCAGGAAGAGAGUAAGAAACAGCGAGGCAGCCAGUAUAUGAUGUAUCGUCGCCUCUUCAUGGAUAUUGAACGAGAGCAGGUGAAAGAACAACGGCGCCAUCAGCAACAUUUGAAGAGAAUAGCAAAAAUUAAGGAGGAAAAGGAGAAGCUAAGAAAAGCAGAAGAAAAAAGGAUGAUUGAGUUUGCUCAUCAAAGCGAACUAGGGAUUCAAUGUGGAAGGACUGCUCAGUUCAAGGAAGAGGAAAAACAGAGGGCAGCCAAAAGCCAACGAAAUAGAGAGAGUGCAAGAUAUAUAGAAGCCUUAAGAGCACAGAUGAUGGAAAAGAUUAAAUUGCAGAAUAAUGAUCUGCCACCACUCUGCUGCUGUGGAUCUGAUUUUUGGGAUUCGCAUCCAGACAAGUGCGCAAAUAAUUGUGUCUUCUACAAAAAUCCAAAAGUGUAUGCCAGAGCACUACAGUCUGUUUUAUGCUCAUAUGAUGCUUGGGACGGACACUACAGAAAUUGUGCUUCAGUGAAGAAGUUUGCAUUGAUGAAUGUUUGUCAAACCAAGAAGUAAUUCACCAGCUUUAGGAAACUAAAUUCAGUCCAUCGAUAAAUUUUCACUGAAAGACUCAAUCUGUAAGGUGUGAUUAGAAAAUAUGUGAGUGUUUUUAUUUUCUUAACGACUGGUGUUUGAUAAACUAUUUAUAGUGUUUUUUGUAUGAGAAACUAAUUUUUAAAAGAAAUUUAAUCAUUUUUUCUGAAUUUUCCAAUUGAGCUUAAAGUUUGAUAACUUUGAAAAGUAUCUUCAUUGGAGACCAUUUUACCGAGAAUGAUGGUGUGUAAACAUAGAAUAACAAUAAAGGAUCACCUCAAAA